AUGAAUGACAGGAUCUCAGAGGCGACCGGGAGGAGCAACCCUGACACCGCCGGCUUCAAUAUCUUCACCCAGCACGAAGCUUUGCACCGUCCUUUUGGCAGUGACUCAGAACCUCAAUCCCUCAAUGAUGCCAUCCGCUGGAGCUCCAAGGAGAACCUGCUCGGAGCCACAGAAAGUGACCCCAACCUCUUUCUUGCUCUUUAUGAUUUUGUGGCUAGUGGAGACAAUACCCUGAGCAUUACUAAAGGAGAGAAACUUCGUGUGUUGUGUUACAACCAGAACGGGGAAUGGUGCGAAGUGUUAUCUAAGAACGGCCAGGGCUGGGUGCCCAGUAAUUACAUCACUCCUGUGAACAGCCUGGAGAAGCACUCGUGGUACCAUGGUCCUGUGUCCCGCAGUGCAGCCGAGUACCUCCUCAGCAGCCUCAUUAAUGGCAGUUUCUUGGUGCGUGAGAGCGAGAGCAGUCCGGGCCAGCUGUCCAUCUCUCUGCGGUACGAGGGUCGAGUCUACCACUACCGUAUCAACACUGGCUCUGAUGGCAAGGUCUAUGUCACAGCCGAAAGUCGUUUCAACACACUGGCCGAGUUGGUUCACCAUCACUCCACUGUGGCUGAUGGCCUUGUCACUAUCUUACACUACCCAGCACCUAAGUGCAACAAGCCUACAGUUUACGGAGUCUCCCCCAUCCACGACAAGUGGGAGAUGGAGCGCACAGACAUCACCAUGAAGCACAAAUUGGGAGGGGGACAGUAUGGAGAAGUUUAUGUCGGGGUUUGGAAAAAAUACAAUCUCACCGUCGCUGUGAAAACACUUAAGGAGGACACUAUGGAGGUUGAAGAAUUUCUAAAGGAGGCAGCAGUGAUGAAAGAGAUCAAACACCCAAACCUUGUCCAACUCCUAGGUGUCUGCACACUGGAGCCCCCGUUUUACAUUGUCACAGAGUACAUGCACUAUGGGAACCUGCUGGACUAUCUUCGAGAGUGUAACCGAGAGGAAGUAACUGCUGUAGUUCUGCUUUACAUGGCCACACAGAUCUCCUCUGCCAUGGAGUAUCUGGAGCGAAAAAACUUCAUACACCGGGACCUUGCAGCAAGGAACUGUCUUGUGGGUGAGAAUCAUGUGGUGAAGGUGGCCGAUUUUGGACUCUCUCGGCUCAUGACAGGUGACACAUACACAGCACAUGCUGGUGCCAAGUUCCCGAUAAAAUGGACUGCUCCAGAAAGCCUGGCGUACAACACUUUCUCUAUAAAGUCAGAUGUCUGGGCAUUUGGAGUUCUGCUCUGGGAGAUUGCUACCUAUGGCAUGUCUCCUUACCCUGGCAUUGACCUGUCUCAGGUGUAUGACUUGCUGGAGAAAGGUUACCGCAUGGAGCAGCCAGAGGGCUGUCCUCCAAAGGUCUAUGAGUUGAUGAGAGCAUGCUGGCAGUGGAAUCCAGCUGAAAGGCCCUCUUUUGCAGAGACCCACCAGGCGUUUGAGACCAUGUUUCAUGAUUCCAAUAUCAAUGAAGAGGUUGCUGAGGAGCUGGGACGCAAUGCUGCUGCCUGUACAUCUUCAUCAUGUCAGAGUCGUCUCCCUAUGCUACCAUCGAAAUGUCGCACGUUGAAAAAGAAAGCGGAGAACAAAGAGAACAUUGAAGGCACUGGGGAUUCAUCGGAUAACUCAACCUCCAGCACUACAGCAGGAGUUCUUCGGGGAUCUCCUGUAGCCACUGGUUCUCCUGCCCUUCCCCGCAAACAGAGGGACAAAUCUCCAAGCAGCUUAUUGGGUGAUCCUAAAGAGACAACGUUUACACGUGAUCGGAAGGGUGGCUUCUUCAGUUCUUUCAUGAAGAAGAAAAGUGCUCCACAGCCUCCAAAACGCAGCAGCUCCUUUCGUGAAAUGGAGAACCAGCCCCAUAAAAGGCCAGAACUGACUGGUGAGCUGUCUGCUUUUCCACACCUUGACGGCAUUGAUACUCCUGCUUCUCCGGGCUCUCAGAAAAGCUACGGAGGAGUAUCCCAACGCAGUUUUGCAGAAGACUCUGUAGCUGGGGUUGGUGGUGGCUGGACUGGAAUAUCUGGGUUCUUUACUCCGCGUCUCAUCAAAAAGACAUUUGGGUUGCGGACAGGAAAAUCAGGGAGCAGUGAGGACCAGUCCAAACCUUUUCCGAGGUCCAAUUCCACAUCUUCCAUGAGUCCUGUUAUUUCUGAGCAGGACAGAAUGUCCAUGACCCUGCCCAGAAACUGCCACCGGACUAAGGUCCAGCUGGACCAUGCUGCUUCAGUAUCUUCUCAAUCAGAUGAGAACCAACAGGAGCUUCCAAGAACUACACUGGGCAUAGCACCUCCUCAGCCAAAUCGGGACAAGGUAAAACCUAAAAUGCUUCCGCGGACCGGAGGCAAUGAACGAAAUGGUGGUUUACGAACAGGUGCAGAUGAGAGGUCAUCACCCAGCAAACAAUCUGUCGCUGUUGCUUCCUGUUUUCCUACAGCUGCCCACAACCACAAAGUGCCAGUUCUCAUCUCUCCGUCCCCGAGGAAUGCAUCUACAGAUAGCCAGCUGGUUGGAAUGGAUUCUUUAGGUCACACCUUUAAAUUGCUUCAGGAACAUGUCACGCCAGCUGGCUGUGAGAAGGAUCGGCCUUCUCAUCGCCGUCUCAAGCCAAAAUGCGCACCCCCUCCUCCACCAAAUCUGAGGUUCCUCCAGCAGCCAUCAGCUGACAACUCAACCCUCUCCGCAUCUGCACAGCCUGUCCCUGAACGGGCAUCCAAGCCAGCCCGACCCAUGCUGCCACCGCCACCUCCAGUCGCUCAAGGUGGAAAGCUCUCUAAUGGAGCAGCUGGAAGUGGCAGGGGCGCCCUGCGGAAGCCCAAACAACCUGCAGAGAAGGUACCUGCAGAAAAAAUAAGCAAAGAGGCCCUGUUGCAAUGUGCUGGAAUGCUGUCCACUGCUCUAACACAGCCCCAACCCAACAGCCAACUAGUGGACACCGGCCACCAGCUUCUGGACUACUGCACUGGAUAUGUGGACUCUAUCCCCCAAACACGGAACAAAUUUGCCUUCCGUGAGGCAAUCAGCCGCUUAGAGGUCAGCGUGCAGGAACUGCAGGUGUCUUCCGCAGGGGGCGCAGCAGCGGCUGCUUCUCAUGGUUCGAACCCUGUACUUAAUAACUUACUGUCCUGUGUACAGGAGAUCAGUGAUGUAGUGCAGAGGUAGCUAAUCAUGGAUCUGCUGACAUAUUCAGGAGGCAUUUCUUACUGAUCACCCCAAACACCAUCAAAUAACCAGCUCUGUUGGGAUGCAGUGGCCGGUGCGUGACAGUUAUAUUUAGCA